GCUACUCUCAUCUCUGUCAAUGGCUCGAUUCGUCAGUUGUCUGAGAAGAACCGUCUUCUCCAUUUCGUCCCCUUCGAUUGCGUACCGGAACCCUACAAUCGGUUUACCCUCGAAUCAAAAUCGAAACUCUUUGAUCAGCGGGAGAUGUCUAAGCUCGGGGAGUUACGUCUCAGAAAUGCAGAAAUCAGCUUUCCAAGGAAACAUUUGCAGACUCAUCCGUAACGAGAUCGAUUACGAACUCAACCACUCCCCUCCUCUUCAGUCUCCUAGCAGUUAUGGUCCAUUUACUGUUGAGGAGCGGCCUGGAGAGCAGUGGAUUAGCUUGAAGAGGAAGUAUGGGGAGAAAGAAGAGAUUAAAGUUGAGGCAACCAUGUUUGAUAGAUCAGUUCCGACUUCAAAAUCCACCAGCACUGAACCUGAGUUUAUUCUUCACAUCACUUUCGUUGUCAACAUCUCUAAGGGCAUUGCUGGUGAAUCCUUGGAGAUCAUGUGUUCCGCCUGGCCAGAUAACAUUGAGAUAUCAAAGCUCUCCAUUCGUAAAGGCACCAAUAGUUCACCCUCUUCCUACGGUGGACCAGAGUUUGAGGAAUUAGAUGAUGAGCUUCAAGACGCUCUUUAUCAGUUUUUAGAGGAAAGGGGUAUAAGUGACGAGCUUGCUGUUUUCUUGCAUCGUUAUAUGAAGAACAAAAGUAAAGUUGAGUACGUUAGAUGGAUGGAAAGCGUUAAAUCGUAUGUCGAGCAGAAUUAGACAUUAUUGGCCUCUUCGGCUUUCCACUGCUUGGUUCCUCAUUAAUGCAGUGUGUAUGUGAGUACAUGACUCUCUUUUUAUUUGGAUAUGCUCCCAAUAAUAAAAUUCAGUUGCAAACUUUUUUUUUGUUUGGCUGGGUUCUUAGCUUACAGAUGUGUAAAAACUACUCCAUGAUGAAUAAUUACGAGCAUAGACAGUCAGAUAUUCAAGUCCGUUUCAGAAAUGCAUGUUGACAUGUUAGUGGAAUCGUGGUGUCUCUUGUUUGCAUUGAAAGUGCUUUAA